CUCUCCCCUGCUCUUGAGAUCGCCGACAAGAAAACCGAGGUCGAGAUCCAUGCCGAACUCCCUGGUAUCCCCAAGGAAAACAUCAACAUCCACCAUGAUGCUCGCAGUAACACUUUGACCAUCAGUGGUGAGCACAAGCAGGAGCAGGAGAAGGAAGAGGGUACGAGGAGGUGGUCUGAGCGCCGCUAUGGCAGCUUCUCUCGUACUAUCAGCUUGCCGGCCAAUGUCAACGCUGAACAGAUCAAUGCGUCUAUGGAGAAUGGAAUGUUGAAGGUUAUCCUUCCAAAGGCACCUGAGACUGAGGGUGUUAAGAAGAUCGCCGUC